AUGCGCCGCUCAGAAGACCCCAUGUGCGACACAAACGACGUGCAUUCAGUGGAAAAAACGCUGGGUAUGGAGAAAAAAAAUUCGCUUCACAUUUUUGGGACACACAGAGAACAGUCCGAUAGCAAGAAGAAGCGAGUCCAAUGCAGGGCUUUACAGGCGGAUGGACAGUACAAGAAAGAAAUUUUUCGCAAAAUGAAGGAUUUUUACAAAAAUAAUGAGGACACAAGUUUGGGUUGCGAUGGGAGCCCAGAUAGGGACUUUAACCUUUUUCGGGAAAACCCCAGCGGGGAAAAUCCUAGUGACGAAAAAAUGAGAGGGGAAGAAGUAAAGGCGAAAAAUGGUUCGGCAGAUGAAGAGCAGGAAGAAAAUAUAGCAAAACCUUUUAAUAAGAGAAGGAAGACGCUGUUACACGAAGUGGCAUAUGCCUCAUCGGAAAGUAAUUCGAAAAGUAAACGCGAAGUUGGAAGGAGAACAGAUGGAACAGAGCCCAUUGGAUGUGACCACAUUGAACGGGAUAAUAGGAGGCUUUCACCUGAAGAUGUUAACCUAGGGGAACAUACUCCUACGGAUAAUUUAGUUCAAAGGGAGGACAAAACGGAUGGUACAAAAGGGGCAAUAGAACUAGAUAUGAUAGACACUCAUCCUGCUGUUAACAGGAGAAGUGAUGCUUCCCCCCCUCCAAAUGAGCACUCGGAUGAAGAGGGUAAUAAAGGGGAAAACGAAUUAAACGGAGGCUGUACCGUUGAAGAAGACAGAAAAAAUGCUCAAAUUAGUUUUGAUGGAAAGAUAACUGCUCAUUAUGGGAAUGAUAAGGAUGCUUUAUGUCACAUGCACUGCAAUGGAUUAGAAGUAGGAAGUGAGAGAAAGGGUAAGGACCACACCUCUGCACGGAAAAGACGACGUAGUUCUGUAACAUCAGAUAAGAAAAACGGAAAAAAUGAUUCAGCCACUGUUGAUUCUUAUGAUAUUCAAAGGGAAAAUAUUCCCAAUAAGCGUAUGCGCUAUGCUGGCGAGGAUAAUGCGAGUAUCGACACUGCAAUAUGUGAGGAGCAAAUGAAUGACAAAACGCAGUCCAUACAGAAGAGGGGGUCAAAGAUUGGUGAUGCUAAUGGUAGAAGUGAAGCCACUUUCAGAAAAGCCCUUAAGCAUGUGUUCAGCGGUAACAACAGUAUCGUUAAAAAUAGUAUUGUUGAGAAGAAGAAAAAGAUUAAGAGCAUUCACAACGAGAUUUUGAGCCUCAUUAGUGCGGAUAGCCUUACAAGGAAGGGAGAGCUCAUGAACUGCGGAGUGAAUUCUGUAGGCACAACAGAUUUAUCACUUGAUGAGGGGGGCGAAAGGGAGAAGCAGGUACAUACAGGAGUGAAUGAAAGAGAGGGAAAUGGAGGAGAUCCACAGGUAGACAACCACACCGGGACGUUUGCAGAGUAUCAACUUGUUAGCCCGUCUGAAGAAAGGCUCAUUUUAGAGGAGUACAGAUCGGUGUGCUGCGAUGAGUGGGGAUCACUCAAAAAAGAGGUACACCAAAUGGAAUACGAAAAUGAUAGCCGUGUACAGAGAGGAGUGGAAAUAUAUAACAAAAUGGAUACGUCUAUGGAGGAGAGUAGAAAGGGACACAGAUCAACACAUGGAAGUCAAAAUUGUCCUUUGGAAACGUCUUCUUUAUAUAAUGCCGAGUUGGUGGAAAAGGGCCCAAAUUGUGUGAUGAUCCCUCAGAAGGGAGAUAUUUACAAGGAGAGACUUCCACGUGAAGGGAGAAUCCCAUGUAAACCACAACCAAGGAGCAGCCUGCUAAAAAAGGUAAAGCUAAUGUAUGAGAGGGAAAAAAAAACAUUGGAGAUAAAUAGAAAAUACCUGAAUAAGUAUGGUUACUUUAAAAUAAUUAUGAACACAUACACUAGAAAUGAUCUUCUCAACAUGAACGAACACGGCGUGGAUUUUGACUUGUCAAGGAUUUUGUUUUCACAUGACAUUAUAAAGAAAAUUAACCAAGUGAACUUCAAGACGGUUAUAAAAGCUCUGGACUUUUACGGCUAUCUAUACGACAAUACAUUUUUAAAAAGGCUAUCUAAUAAGGUGAGUAUAAACGAAUGGCUAUGUAAUGGCAUUUUUUUUCAAAAAAUAUUUACAAGGAAGGUGUUAAAUGUGGGCAUAUUCUUUGACCUUGUGUAUCAUUUCUUGUAUUUGAAUCCUGCCUUUAUCGAUUUUUUCUUUAGCAAAAAUGGGGGGAGUUUUGUAAAAAAAUUUUCUCUCUAUGACAAAUAUAAGGCGCUCAGAUUAGUGAACAACAUUGUUGCUCAGUUGAAGAUUAUUAGACCGUCUACGGAGUCGGUGGUGAAAUUUCUCUUCGGUUUUUUUUCAAGUACAAAGGGAGGGGAAGAGGCAAUAAGAAGGGGUAGGAAGAAGGCUUUAUAUAGGGGUCAACUCGGAAACAAGGACCACUCGGCGGAUGUAACCGUGGGGAAUGUUGCCGUGCAGGAUGCGACCGUGGCAGCAUGGACGGCCCCCAUUAACCAAAGUAAACAUUUAGUGAGGAAGCCAAAGGGAUGGAAGGAAAAUGCCCACGUGUAUAUAAAAAAUACCAAGUUUAAAAAAACGGGGCUACGAAAUAUUUUAAAUAAAAUUUGGGAAAAGACGGAUCUGUACGUAAAGGAGGAAGUGUAUUAUGGCAACAACUUUACCGUUAGGAGAAGGUUGAGAGAAAAUAAAAGCUAUCAUUUGAAAAUGCUCAACAAUCUUUUAUUCGAGUCUAAUGACACAACGAGUUCGCGUGGCUCUUAUUCAUUUGGGGGCGAUCAGGAGGAAGGGGGGCUGGGUUACAGCUUCGAAAAAUCAGGCGAAAUUAACUUUGGCAUUAACGAAAAAAUGAGUCAGUCGUUUCACCAAAAUAGGUACCAUCAGGGCAGCGGCGCGGAUGGAGGUGAUAACUCAGACGAUGGUGAUAAUAUAGAUGGCGCUGAUCAUGUAGACGCAGUUGAUAACGAGGACGGCGGUGAUAACGUAGAUGGUGGUGACAACGCGAUUGCCUGCGACGAGAGGAGAGCCACCAAAACGUUUCACUCGCUGGACUGCGUGCCGAACGUAUCCUUCGAUUUGUUCUCGCACGAGGGGGACUCCUUCCAAAGGUGA